AUGAAAGCGACUAAAUUAUUUUUGAAGGCUCGCAAAGUAUUGUCCGAGGAUUAUUAUCGUAUGAAAUUGCAAUGGAAAACAAUAAGCAAGGAUCAGGAAAGUCGUUUUAGCGAAUUUGCAGCAAAGAAAGCCUUGAUAGAGAAGGAUGUAUCGCGCACCGAUCGCACGCAUGUCUUCUUUGGCGGCAGUGAUAAUAGCAACUUGACGCUCCUCAAUGACAUCUUAAUGACCUAUUGCAUGUAUAAUUUUGACCUUGGUAAGUACCCUUAUGCUUGUGUGUUGGUGGCAUGCCCUAAUAAGGGGAGAGGGAGAAGAGCGAUCAGCUUGUCUGCUUUAACUGUAGAAUAG